GAAGUUUGGAGAGGUCAGUUUUGGCCAAAGUAAACAUGGCAAUUCGCAGAUCAUGGCAGACCAGAUGACCUUCUUCGACGAUGGCGAGCCACACGACUCGCUCCUCCAACGAGGCUGGUCUCUCGCCCUUACACCCGUUCGCAUCCUCACCUCCCGCACCGCGAUCAAAGCCUACCUGAGCACGAUCCUCUUCCUGGUAACCUCUACGAUCCUCCUCACGAUAUCCUCGACGGCAUUUGGCUUCUUCUAUUACAAAUAUAUCCCCCAGAUCAACCUUGAGCGCGUCUUGUACUUGCAAUAUGGCGCUGGACUACACCCGUACGCGACGACUGCGCUGGAUACGUCCGCCUUGAUAUCUCAGCAAGCAUACGAUGUGGAACUGAUACUGGAUAUGCCCAGGACACCUACCAAUCUCGAGGCCGGCAAUUUCAUGCUUGACCUCUCAUUGCUGGGACCGGGGGUUAAUGUGCGAAAUGUCGUCGAUCCGCUGUCGGCAUGGCUGAGCAAUAUCACGACGGACAAUGUCUACGAGCAUUCACGAAGACCAGCCAUUCUCCCGUAUUCAUCGCCAAUGCUGUCGCUUAGCCAUACACUUCUGCACUUGCCGUGGCAUGCCCUUGGGUUCCGUGACCUGGAUACUGUUCAUCUAAUUGUGCCAAUGUUCGAGAUGAUCUCCUUCCCGCGUGGAUCACGAAACCUACCGAGCCAUGCAAGACUGGAGUUGCAAUCGAGCAGUAUCAUGCAAGUCUAUAAUGUGAAGUUGGCCUUCCGCGCCAAGUUCCAGGGCAUGCGGUAUUGGAUAUAUAAUUACCGGGUGGUUGCUUUUGUCGUUUUCACCGUCUUGUUCUACGUGAUCAGCGUGACGAGUAUGGGUUUGGCUUGGGCUGCGAUUACGGUCGUCUGGUCGAAGAGAGAUGCCAGCGAAGAACGGAAAAGGAUCAAGCACGAGGAUGGUGGAGGUGCAAUUAAGCAAGAAGGGGACGCAGAAGAGAAACCUAGAGUCAAAGAGGAAGACGAAAUGGAGUCAUCUACGCACGGCUUGUCGCUGUCGAAUUUGUCAGAUACCGCAGCACAGUUUCCGAGUCGGGCAGGGCAGAUGCCGCUGAGGUUUCCUGGACGCCUUGCUACAGAUGCGGCGCCGGAUGAGGCUGUGGAACACCCCACACAACCCCUUGGACCUGACGAAGUAGCUGAUGAUGAAGAUGAAGAUGACGGAGCCGAAGAGAUCCGCGGAAAACCCUUUGAGGGUGACUCUGGCCUUGGUACAAGCAUGGAAAGUGAACACCGAAGUUCGGGCGUUGUAAGGAGGCGGAGCUCCAGGGGGUUGUCGAGCAGAUGAGAGAGAUUGUUUCGUUGGCAUCAUGGUUUCCAUGGAGCUUCAACGCAAAAAUGAAGGGCAGGGGCUCAUCAAGCAUGCAAAAUGCUGUCAACAAUUACCGCCAUUACCGCCAGGCGCUCGUCCUCCUGCUUCAUUCCCACGAGCUGAAUCGUCGUUGGAGCAUCCCUAUAAUCCUCCGGACCAGUAUACAUCGAGUAUACUUUAUCAUCGUCCUCGCCGUACUUGGCUGCAUGGUCGACAACGUCUCGUUCUUCGACUUUCCCGACUGGAAUAAUGCACGAAGGAUAAUCCACCAAGUUCCACAAUGCCAGUCCGACUGCUGACCAACAAUCAAUUGGAGGUGCAGUGUAUGGUGCAAGUGGAUUGAGGAUUGCGUCGAGUUUGCUCUCGAGCCAGAGAUCUCGGUAUGCAGUCUCGGCCUCUUCGCGGGCAACAUUCCACGCGAACAAGUCAUGCAAUGAUUUGGCUGGCAUCGACACUAAACCGAUACGCUUGACAGACUCCACGAGGGGUUCAUCGGCCGCCGCGAUGUAAUCCAGGACAGUCUGUGAUCGUCAGCUUCGAUCAGGGAAAUAUUCGAUCCUGACUAACCUUGCAUCCUUCCAGAGAAUAAGACGUCCAAGCUGUGCCAAUGUCUCUUGCAACGUUCGGCAAUCUGAUGUCCACCAGCCUCAUUCCUGCUUUCUCGAGCUUUUCCUUUGCUUCUGACAGUGCCCGUCUCAUCGGUGGUGUCGCCGUCAGCAUCCCAUCGUCCUCGACAACACCAAUCCUCAAUCUUCCUUCGUUGGGCGCCUUGAGUCCUCGCCACGGAAUAUGCAAACAAUUUACAUCGAGCUUCCACGGGUCAUGGCUCAUGAUCGUCUUCAUGAUCAACUCACAACUCCUCAUACUCGUCGCCAACGGUCCCGCAACUGGCAAAAUUCCCGCAUGUCCCGGCGCCGCGGGGUUCUGUUGUCCAGCAUACGGCACAAUUCGCUCGGAUGGCUUGAAACCAUACACGCCACAACAAUGGGCUGGGAUACGGAUACUCCCUGCGAUAUCGGUGCCAAUCCCGACGAUACUCCCACGCAUUGCGAUCAGCGCUGCUUCACCACCUGAACUUCCGCCGGCAGUGAGCCGCUUGUUAUGGGGGUUCAGAGUUCGACCGAACGCAUUGUUGUCCGAGUCAGCUGUCAUCAUGGUCUGCGGGACAUUGGUCUUGCAGUAGAAUACGGCACCCAGGUCGAGUAGGAGUUUGGGCAGGGCGGAAUAGCUUUUGCAUGGCUUCUCAGCGAAGUGAAUCAGGCCGAUCGUCGAAUCCAAACCGGGGAUCUGGAAACAGUCUUUCAAGGAAAUUGGAAGACCCCAGAGUGGUGGGAGGGGAGUGUUGGGAUCGGCAGCGCGGUCGACGUCCAGCUGUCGGGCACGUUGGAUGGCGGGUGUGAAGAAGAUUUCCGUUAGGCAGUUCGUCUGCAUUAGGAGUGAGCAGGGGUGGGAAACAAGGGUUAGGCGGCUGGUGAUGCCUUACGACUUGUUGAGCGAUUGUGGCUCGCUUGCAGAAUGCUGUGACCACUUCUUCGGCGGUGUAGCCGCCUUCAACGAGACCCUUCCUGAGCAUGUCGAGCAGUGACACUGCGUCGUGGGUGCCGGUGAUUUCGAGUUCACGAGCCGUCAGCAUCCCACAUUCAAUGGGAAUGUUGAUGACGUUGGCUAAAGGACUGGAAGUAUACAACUCGAGAACGGCUUGGGGGACGAGCCAUUCUUUGGGAAGGAGAUGUGAUCGUGCGUCUUGUUUGCGUUGGGCGAUGACUGGCCAGGGGUCCCGAGGGAUGGUAGGUAAUACGGCACUCGUGUUCGCCAUGACUUCAGGGGUUCUAGAGAAUGCUACCUUACUCUUAGAGAUCGAUUGACUCAUGCAGUUGGCCUGGGAUCAUUGCAACAUGUAUAU